AUGCAAGGUCACAUCAAUCCAAUGCUCAAAUUCGCUAAACAGCUCUCACAAACGAACCUCCACUUCACUCUCGCCACCACUGAGCAAGCCCGUGACCUCCUCUCCGCCACCGCCACCUCCUCAACCGACGAAAAACCACGUAGCCCCGUGGAUCUCGCUUUCUUCCCCGACGGUCUGCCUAAAGACGACCCAAGAACCGAACCGAUUCUGACCGUAGAGUCAUUGAGACAUGUCGGAGCCAAGAACUUGUCUAAAAUCAUCGAAGAAAAGAGAUUCUCUUGCAUCAUCUCUUCACCUUUCACUCCAUGGGUUCCUGCUGUUGCUGCUGCUCAUAACAUCCCUUGUGCAAUCCUCUGGAUCCAAGCUUGUGGAGCUUACUCUGUCUAUUACCGUUACUACAUGAAGACGAACGCUUUCCCCGAUCUUGAAGAUCUCAAGCAAACGGUGGAGUUACCAGCUUUACCAUUGUUGGAAGUUGGAGAUCUUCCUUCGUUUCUAUUACCUUCUGAAGGAGACUUCAAUAAGCUGAUGGAGGAGUUUGCCGAUUGCUUGAAAUAUGUGAAAUGGGUUUUGGUGAAUUCGUUUUACGAACUCGAGUCAGAGAUAGUUGAAUCAAUGUCUGAUCUCAAACCUAUAAUACCAAUAGGUCCUCUAGUUUCUCCAUUUCUGUUGGGAGCUGGUCAGGAAGAAACCCUAGAUGGGAAAAAUCUUGAUUUGUGGAAGUCGGAUGAUAAUUGCAUGGAGUGGCUUGACAAGCAAGCUAGGUCAUCUGUUGUUUACAUUUCUUUCGGAAGCUUGCUCAAAUCGUCGGAGAAUCAAGUCGAGAGCAUUGCCACGGCUCUCAAAAACAGAGGAGUUUCGUUUCUUUGGGUGAUUAGGCCCAAGGAGAGAGGCGAAAACGUCGGCGUUUUGCAGGAGAUGGUGAAGGAAGGGCAAGGGGUUGUGAUUGAAUGGGGUCCGCAGGAGAGGAUAUUGAGCCACGUGGCGAUCUCUUGCUUCGUCACGCAUUGUGGAUGGAACUCGACGAUGGAGACGGUGGUGGCUGGUGUUCCGGUGGUGGCGUAUCCGAGCUGGACGGAUCAGCCGCUUGACGCGAGACUGCUCGUGGAUGUGUUUGGGAUCGGAGUGAGGAUGAGGAACGACGCUGUCGACGGAGAGCUUAAGGUGGCAGAGGUAGAGAGAUGCAUUGAGGCUGUGACGGAUGGACCUGUGGCGGCGGAUAUGAGGAAGAGAGCGACGGAGCUGAAGCAUGCGGCGAGAUUGGCUUUGGCGCCUGGUGGAUCUUCGGCUCAAAACUUGGAGUCGUUCAUUAGUGAUAUCACAAUCACUUAG